CCGAACAAGGAAUCGCCAGUAGCGCGCGCAACUAGGCGGUGAAGCUAUGUUCGAAACGCAUCUGGUGCAUGGAGUGCUUGAGCACCGAUCAAACACGAGAAGGACUGUGCUUCCUGUCUCCUGUGGUCCUGCUAAGCACGGGUCAGAGAGUCUCGGCACCUGUCGUGUCGACGAGUCCUCGUCAUUCAAGGACCACCUCAGGCGCAAGCAAUCUCCGCGUCUGCAAGGUUUUCUUUGCAAUACAGUCAUCACAGGGCUGGAUAUCAGCACUCUCCUCUCCUCUUUGCAUGUUGCCUUCCCGAUGCUGCCUGGCUCGUCCUAAAAAGAGAAGGUGAUUUAAGGUAGAGACGAUCAAAAUGGAUGCUAUCCAGGCUGUUGAGCUGCAAAUUGUGAAGGUGAACGAAGAGAUCGAUGCUCUUUCAACAGAGAUUAAGGAAGCAAAAGAGAAGAUCAAUCAUGCGCAAGCGGCUGGCAGUGUGAGUGAGGUGCAGCGAUGGGACAAGGAAAGAGAGCAGCUGCGCAAGGAAAGAGAGCAGCUGCGCAAGGAAAAAGAGCAGCUGCGGGACGAAAAGGCCCAGCUGUGGUCUGCAGUUUUUGCACGGACGCAAGGGAAUGAGGGCGCUGGCCCUUCUGGGGACACAGAGAUGCCAGAUGCCGAUGCUGGUCGGACCGCUGGAACGAGGCAGACUGGGGCAGCUGCAGGCCCGUCCCGAGACAGACGGAGGAGCAAUGAUGACGACUGGGACGACAGCGUCGAUGAGGAAGUCAGCAAGAUCCUGGAGCGUGCUUUUGUUUCCCCAGAGAAGAACGGGCAGCCGGAGCUUGACCUGAGGCCCCCACCCUCUAGCAACCUCUGUGCGAGGAGAGAUGUUUCUGUCGUUUUCUUCCGGGAGUCGCCCAGCCUGCUGCUUACGAAACUUCCCGGACGCAACGAGGAUGGCCUUACGAACGCACAGACGCUGCUGGCAGAAUAA